AUGGCGUUCUCUUCAGCGGUUUCGACAGCAAUGCCCUUGACUUAUGCCGCCCAGAAGAGGGUGCUGGCCCCCGCUGCCUUCUUCAAGCCUUUGCCGGUGAGGCCUUCCAGGGUGGCGGCGCCAUCAAAAAACACCGGGAGGUUUGAAGUCAAGGCAUCGCUGGAAGAGAAGGCGGUGACAGGGCUGGCCGCGGCUGCAUUGACGGCCUCCAUGGUGAUUCCGGAGGUGGCUGAGGCUGCCGGGCCAGGGAUGUCGCCCUCCCUCAAUAACUUCUUGCUCAGCAUUGCCGCAGGGGGCGUUGUGCUCGCCGUCAUUGUUGGUGCAGUCAUCGGAGUUGCCAACUUCGACCCUGUUAAGAGGAGCUGAGACAAAUUGUUUUGGAUCAUCUAUGCCUUACACAUUUUAGUUCAUGUACCUAUCUAUCUAUCUAAAUUCUAACGUUUGGAGAACGGUUCGGGUUUA